UUGAUUCGAUCACCAUAUGUGGCCAUUUCUGGGGGUGCAAUGGAAGAACCAGAUAAAGUAGGGCAGAAGGUGAAGAAGGGCUACACGGGCGUGUGGAAUCAUGAGGCGAAGGGGAACACGGGCGUGUGGUCGGAGAAACGGAUCGGUCCCGGCGGGGACUGGUGCUCGAAGGAGAACAUCCUGGUGUUCCAGGGCGCGACGGCGCCGCUGCCGAGCGGGAUUCCGACGUACACAGUGAGCAUCGAGAACUUCUGCAUGUACGGGAGCUGCAAGAUCUACAACAUCCACCUCAGCUGCGGCUGGUUCAGCACGGCCCGCCUCAUCGACCCGCGGAUUUUCCGGCGACUCGGCUACGACGACUGCCUCGUCAAAGACGGCCAGCUUCUCGGCCCCGCCGAGGUCGUCGUCUUCCAGUACGCCAACUCCUUCAAGUACCCCAUGGAAGUCUCCAACAUUUCCUGCGUCCCAUGAAUAUCAAUUAAUUAGCUUAUCUGAUCCGAUCAGAUGUGUGUGUGUGUGUACGAGUGUGUGUAAUUUAGUGUAGUGAAAUUGUUGUAUUGUAUUUGUAUUGGUUGGUUGUGUUCAUAAUCAUGUGUGGGAAUAUAAUCGCAGUGUUGAAUGACUGACAAAUUAUAUACGAAUCGAAAAUCCAAUUCUGA